UGUCUUCACCUAACCACUGACAUUUCACUGAAGCAAAUGAAACCAGGAGGGCAACACACGGUACAAUGUAAUAUCUGCUGUAUGGAUUUGUGACAGAUUAGAGGAAAGAAGUGAAAGUAGUGAGGGACUAUCAAAAAUGUUUUGGUUAUACGGUGUGUUCGCUGCUGACCCUCGUGGUAAGAUGUGGUUAUCAACAUAGGCAAGCUGAUCCUGAGUCCUAGUGGAGCGCAGAAUCACCAGUUACCCAGUCUGAGAGGCAAGGCAGGUGGUCCGAGAAGGAGAGAGGGGAGAGAGUGGGAGAGAGAGAGAGAGAGAGAGAGAGAGAGAGAGAGAGAGAGAGAGAGAGAGAGAGAGAGAGAGAGAGAGAGAGGCAUAUUGGUCGGGCUACUUUCCUGACGACACACCAACAAUCGUCAACCUGUGGAUAGAGCGUGCACGUUACUCUGCCGUCUCCUCCGCUGCCACCCUCUCCCCUCUGACACCCAGCCCAUUCAGCACGCAUGAACUGGGAGAGGGUGCCGGUUCGAUUCCAGACAGGAGGAGAGGAACCGAAAAGUUGAGGGGUCGUGCGCCAUCCCCCGCUUCAUGAAUGGCCGGAACAUGGAGGAGAUGCCAUUCGAAAGAGUCAAGACGCGGCGGAGGAAGGGUCACUGCCCAGCCAGUGCACCCCUGGGCGCCAUCGCAUGCGAGGACGAGUUCAACAGCCAAGAACUGGAGGCUCUCUUCCAGAACUACAACCUGAAACUGGAGCAGACCGCCACCCUCAAAGCGCUGGCGGUACUCAUCGUGGCCGCGUCGUCGCUCUCCCUGGUGGAGCUACUGUCCAGCCCACGUCUCACCUUGUCCAAGGGCUCCUACCCGGUGCACUGCGUGGUGUUCCUGUCGCUGUUCAUCGUCACCAACGUCAAGUACCUGCAGGUGACACAGCUGCAGCAGAUAGCGAAGCUGGCCCUGCUGUUCAGCUUCACCUUUGCUUUGCUCUGCUGCCCGUUCCCGCUGGCACUCGGCACAUCGGAGCUGGUGGACGCCGCUGCCCCUGAGCAAGGCGUGUGGCAGCUCAUGCUCGUAACCCUCGUGGCUUACGUGCUGCUGCCAGUGCGGACGCUGCUGGCGGUGCUGUUUGGGGUGAUGCUGGCUGCAUCCCACUUCAUUGUCAUUGCGACGUCGGUCACGGGGAGGAAACAGAGGCUGUGGAGACCGCUGGUGGCCAAUGCGGUGCUGUUUACCAGCGUUAACUUGUCAGGCGUGUUUGUGAGGAUUCUCACUGAACGUACCCAGAGGAAAGUCUUCCUGCAAGCCCGCAACUGCAUCGAGGAGCGGCUCAGACUGGAGGAUGAAAAUGAGAAACAGGAACGUCUACUAAUGAGCCUACUGCCCAGGAAUGUUGCCAUGGAGAUGAAGGAGGACUUCCUGAAGCCGCCUGAGAGAAUCUUUCACAAGAUCUACAUCCAACGUCAUGACAAUGUCAGCAUCUUGUUUGCAGACAUCGUGGGUUUCACCAGCUUGGCUUCUCAGUGUACUGCUCAGGAACUGGUCAAGCUGCUCAAUGAGCUUUUUGGGAAGUUUGAUGAACUGGCUACAGAGAACCACUGCAGGCGUAUCAAGAUACUGGGGGACUGUUACUACUGUGUGUCAGGACUGACACAGCCCAAGGCAGACCAUGCCCACUGCUGUGUGGAGAUGGGGCUGGAUAUGAUUGACACAAUCGCGUCGGUGGUGGAGGCGACAGAGGUGGAUCUGAACAUGCGUGUGGGUCUGCACACAGGACGGGUGCUGUGUGGCGUGCUUGGCCUCAGGAAAUGGCAGUAUGACGUCUGGUCAAACGAUGUCACACUGGCAAAUGUGAUGGAGGCCGGAGGGCUGCCUGGCAAGGUGCACAUCACAAGGACCACCCUGGAGUGUCUGAACGGAGACUACGAGGUGGAACCGGGCUUUGGCCACGAGAGACAUGCAUUUCUACAGAAGCAUCACAUAGAGACAUUCUUCAUCGUGCCAUCACACAGACGCAAAAUCUUCCCUGGUCUUAUUUUAUCAGACAUCAAACCAGCCAAGAGGAUGAAGUUUAAGACGGUGUGCUACCUGCUGGUGCAGCUCAUGCACUGUAGAAAGAUGUUCAAGGCUGAGAUCCCCUUCUCUAACGUCAUGACCUGCGAGGAUGACGACAAGCGGCGAGCCCUGCGAACUGCGUCGGAGAAACUGAGGAGUCGGACGUCCUUCUCAGCCACCGCCGUGCAGCAUUCACCAGGAACACGAGUCAACCGCUACAUCGGGCGGCUCAUUGAAGCGCGGCAGACCGAGUCCAAGACAUCAGACCUCAACUUCAUCACCCUGUUCUACAGGAGCAGAGACAGGGAGCGCAGGUAUCACCAGGUUUAUGAUGACCAUUUCAUCAGCGCAGUGGUUCUUUCACUGAUCCUUGCUGCUUUAUUUGGCCUUAUCUAUCUGCUAAUGAUCCCACAGGGGAUGCUGGUGCUGCUGUUGCUGGUGCUGUGUGUGUGUUUCCAUGUGGCCUGUGUCAUGUACCUACACCUCACCAGUGUUCAGUGCCAACCAGGCUGCCUCACCAUCCAGAUCCGAACGGUGCUGUGUGUCUUCCUUGUUCUGCUCACUUACUCUGUAACCCAGGCCUGUGUGGUGGGUUGUGUUCCUUGGGGAAGACUUGUGAUGAACUCUAACCACUCUGUGGAGGAUGCCCCUGCAGACUCUCCUGGAGUUGGACCCACCAACAGCACUACAGUGGACAGAACUUGCCCUAACAUGGCAUACGCCCUGCUGUCCUGCGUGGCCGGCACUCUCACCAUGGUGCCCUAUCUCCGAGUCUCCUCACUCCCGAAGAUCCUCCUGCUCCUCCUCCUCUCUGUCACCUACACCAUUGUCAUGGAAAUCGGCGGCUACCGCCAAGCUGUGGGCGUUGGUUUUCUCCAUACAAAAGGUUAUGAUCCUGUGUUGGCAGUUCUGUUGUUUUGUGGAGCUCUGGCUCUUCAUUCGAGACAACUGGACCUUAAGCUGCGGCUCGACUAUCUCUGGGCAACUCAGGCGGAGGAGGAGAGAGACGACAUGGAGAAGGUGAAGCUGGACAACAAGAGGAUCCUGUUCAACCUGCUGCCAGCUCAUGUGGCUCAACACUUCCUCAUGUCAAACCCCAGGAAUAUGGACCUGUACUAUCAGUCCUAUGCUCAGGUUGGAGUGUUGUUUGCCUCUAUCGCCAACUUCAAUGACUUCUACAUUGAGUUGGACGGCAACAACAUGGGAGUCGAGUGUCUGAGGCUGCUCAAUGAGAUCAUCGCCGACUUUGAUGAGCUGAUGGAUAAAGAGUGCUACAGGGAUAUCGAGAAAAUCAAAACCAUCGGCAGUACAUACAUGGCUGCAGUAGGGCUGGUUCCUACAACUGCUUCCAAGGCGAAGAAGUCCAUCACCUCACAUUUAUGCACAGUGUCAGAUUUUGCCAUCGAGAUGUUUGACGUCCUUGAUGCCAUCAACUACCAGUCCUACAAUGACUUUGUCCUGAGAGUAGGUAUCAAUGUGGGCCCGGUGGUGGCAGGAGUGAUCGGCGCCAGGAGGCCUCAGUAUGACAUCUGGGGGAACACAGUGAACGUAGCCAGCAGGAUGGACAGUACUGGAGUACAAGGAAAGAUACAGGUGACAGAGGAUGUCUAUCGCCUCAUCACCGAUCACUACAACUUUGUGUGCCGUGGCCAGGUUAGCGUGAAGGGUAAAGGUCAGAUGCUUACAUACUUCCUGGAGGGGCGCAGACAGACCAGCAGGGCAUCUCAAACCCAACAGCAGCCUGGCAAUGCUGAGCGCCGAUCGAGUGUGCUCACCCACAGCAGCGUGUGCACCAGGCUGAGCCCCGCUCCGACCGUGACCACAUACUCCACCAUCAGAACAAGCAGCCCAAGCAUGGCUAAACCAACAACCUCCACCAGCACCACCAGGUACCUGCCCUCUGUGUCCACAGCCAUGGUGUGAGGGACACUGUCUCCAUGGUGACCAUGGAAAAUAAGAGUGGAGAUGGAUAAAUAGCUGAAAUGGCAGUAAGAAGGCUGUAGCAGAGAAAGCUUAUUAAAGAGGAAACGUUGUUCUCCACUCUUCUUCUACUGUCUGUGGAACGCAGGGAGCUUGAGACAGUAAUCGUCGGGACUCAGGCUUGGACUAUGUUUUGGACUGAUUCGGUGGCGGCCUGGAUCAGAUUGUCCGUCCACACUCAAGUCCUGUUUGUUGUUUCACACUGCAGGGUGUCAUGAGCAGGGUACAGGAUUUUUUAGCCACGUUGCUCUGUCAUCAAUCAAAGGCCAAGGAUGUCUCCUGGAUUUCAGAGUCAACUGCCAAAACUGUACCCACUACUAUAAUAUACUAUAUCAAAAUAAAAACACAUCACAAUGCAUAAUUGAUAGUGUAGCACACAAGCCUCUUACAACAGCCACACCCAGAAAUUCCUUUAACAACUUUACCUGACCCUUUUCUCUCAGUAUAAAACCAAAUCAGUGCUGUUGCCUUAGCGACCAGUCCUCACAAUGAGUUUCUUUGCCAUUAUUUGUUGUUGCCUUUGGGUUACUUUAUUGAUUUAUUGGACACCAGUUCAGAUGAAUUAAUUACAGGAGCACUGUUGUCCAAGAGAUAUGUGUUUUUGAAAUGGAUGAAGCCAAAUGCAUAAUUGUAAAAGGCAGUUAAUGGUAUAAACUUGCCAAAACACAACAGGGCAUUGCCUUCAAUCAUGUGUGGGGCAGUAUAGUACAUUUCUGCCCUUUCACUAAAAACCUCAAACAGCACAUGAGGUAAAUUCUUGACUCCCCGAGAAGAGUGCUCGGUGUCUAAGUGCAUGAUGCCACUGCUGCAUUCAGUCAUGUUUGCUGUCUGUUUCCCUGUGAUGCUUGACUUCCAGAUUCUUCCUCGUCAAAGUGUAGCAAUAAAGCGGUUUGUCUCCUCUCUCAGCCUAUUCACCCUUUGCAUGCUGUAUUCAGCUGGAUCCUACUUUGACCUGAUAGUGUUUGUAGCCAAUAGAGUGUGCAUAGCUAGCCACACCAGUCUGUAUAUCUGUGGAGUAGAAGCAUGACUUAGAAAACCUAUUUUCUGUAUUGUGCGGGUGUGAUUCCUUCUUUCUCAUCAAAAUUAUAUUUAAAAAAGAAAACUUUUUUCUGCGUGCUUGUUUAUGAAGAAAUAUUUUCUAUUGUUGAAAUAUUCUGUUCUACUAUUUUUAUGAACUAAAGCUGCUUUGGUAAAGAAAAGAAAACUUAUGUUUAUGAGAAGACACCCAAACCUCCGUGUCUGGUUUCCUCAUGCAAACCCAGAUGAUUUAUUUUAUGGUAUAGCAUGCUACUCACAGUACAGCUUACCACAGCCAUUAACUCUCCUCUAAUCUGUUCUAGCAUGCACUGCCUGCAAGCCUGUGGCUCUUACAUGCAUGCUUUGAUGAAAAACUAAUGCAGGCCAAGCAGCGGACACACAGUGACUCUGUUUUAAUGUAGUCCUCAUGCAUGCGCUGAAGGUAGCGGUCCUCUUGAAUGUAAGGUGCUUUAAGGUCUUCUUCAUGAGCUUGGUGUGCAAACCUUUUUGAGGACAUAUUUCAGGAUAGAUUGACAUCAGGCCGGGGUUUCCUCCUCCUCCCCGCUCCUGCUGUAGUCAACAGGUAGCUGGUUUUCAAAUGUGCCAACCUAUUUUCGUAAACAUAUCAAACUUUUUGUGUUGAGCUGUAGCACAACUGAAUGCGUGGCUAUGGUUAUUGUGUAUUUCCUUUUGUUGAAUGCCUGUAUUUUUUUACUGUUUGAGCUGUUCAUUAACAGUUUUGUAAAUCAAAAUGAUAGCAAGUGUUGAUUUUGGAGAGAUUUAUUUGGACACCAUAAAAUGACCGAAAUUAUGUUUACUUCUUAUCAUAUUUAAAAUAGAUUCCAAUCUAUAUAGUAGCUUGAUUACUUACUUUAAGUUUCUAAGAGGUUUAAAAUGAGGAUUUUUAUACACUUGCUUUAAACAGUUGAAAGGAAGUUGAUGGAAAGGAGUUGUGUACAAUAUUUUUCCUGUAAAUUGGAUAUUUUCAUACUGUAUGAUACGGGUUUCAAUUGUUAUAUGUAGGUAUUACUAGCUAUUAUUGUACAUUGUAGAGUCUUUUUCAGAGAUAUAUUAUGAAUGAUCCGAUAUUUGUCAAGUUCUUUUGUUGAAGAUGUAUUUAUUGAGAUGUUUUAUGUGAAUGUAAAUUUUGUUAAAGACAAUAUUUUAUACUAAGUGUUUGCACUGCGAUGAUAUUAACGUAUUAUGAUUAUAAAAAUAAAGCCAGUGGGGAGGCAUCUCCUGAUGUAA